AUGCACAGAAAGUUGCCUGCUGUGAGAUGGGUUGGUGGUGUUGAAUUAGAGCUUCUAGCAAUAGCCACUGGUGGAAGAAUUGUCCCUAGGUUUCAGGAAUUAACAGCAGAAAAGCUAGGCAAGACUGGUUUGGUUAGAGAGAAAUCAUUUGGCACCACAAAAGAUCCGAUGCUAUAUAUUGAGCAUUGUGCUAAUUCUUUCGUGGGGGUAAGUUAA